AUGGCUUUAAAUAAAUCCAUGCAUCCUCGGAACCGUUAUAAAGACAAACCUCCAGACUUUGCCUAUUUGGCUUCCAAAUAUCCAGAGUUUCAGCAGCAUGUGCAGACCAGCUUGACCGGUCGGGCGAUGCUGAACUUUAAGGAUCCUGAGGCGGUGCGGGCUCUCACCUGUACGCUGCUGAAGGAGGACUUUGGCCUGACCAUCGAGAUCCCGCUGGAACGCCUCAUACCCACCGUACCGCUCCGACUCAACUACAUCCACUGGGUGGAGGACCUGAUCGGAGGCCAGGGCAACCCACGGCUGGGCAUCGACAUCGGCACCGGGGCCUCUUGCAUCUACCCCCUGCUGGGAGCGUCCAUGAAUGGCUGGCGCUUCCUGGCCACAGAGGUGGAUGACAUCUGCUUUAAUUAUGCCAAGAAGAACGUGGAGCAGAACCACCUAGCCGAUCUCAUUAAAGUGGUGAAGGUGCCACAGAAGACCUUGCUCAUGGAUGCACUGAAGGAGGAAUCAGGCAUCGUCUAUGAUUUCUGUAUGUGUAACCCGCCUUUCUUUGCAAACCAGUUGGAGGCUCAGGGGGUUAACUCGAGGAAUUCUCGGAGGCCUCCCCCCAGCUCUGUUAACACAGGAGGUGUGACUGAGAUCAUGGCGGAGGGGGGAGAGCUGGAGUUUGUGAAGAGGAUCAUCCAUGACAGUCUACAGCUCAAGAAAAGACUUAGGUGGUACAGUUGCAUGCUGGGAAAGAAGUGUAGCUUAGCACCUUUGAAGGAGGAACUGAGAAAACAAGGGGUACCUAAAGUGACACACACCGAGUUCUGCCAAGGCCGGACCAUGCGCUGGGCUCUGGCCUGGAGUUUCUAUGAUGACGUGACUGUCCCAUCACCUCCGUGUAAAAAGCGUAAGCUGGAGAAGGCACGGAAACCCCUCACUUUCACUGUUCUGCAGCCCACGGUGACAGAGGUGCAGAGCAAGGCAGCCAGCACGCUCUGUUCCCACGGCAGCAGCAGUGUGGAGGUCAUCACAGCCUGGCUAGAAAAGACCCUGACAGACCUGAGGGUGCUCCACAAGCGGGUGCCAUGUGGGGAGGAAGAGCUGAGCCUCUUCCUAACAGCCGUGGAGAACACCUGGAUCCACGUGCGACAAAAACGGCGGGAACAGAACCGACAGUUACGGGAGCUUCCCCGAGCCCCACCCGCACCCGAACAAGAUCCCGGAUCGUCCGAACAAGCGCAGAACAACCCCAAAACCGAUCAGCCCUCAGCGGAAAACCUAGAAGCACAGGCAGAUACAGAACCAGCAGCACUGGGCUCCGACCAGGCCCCAGAGGACAUCUCUGAUCCUAACAGGAACAAUGGAAAGGAAGCAGAUCUCCAGGAUACUGACCUGCUGAGUCAGAGGGACGUGACCAUGGAGUCUCCAACCACAGAGGUGCCCCCAACACAGGACGCCACGCCCUCCACCAUGCCCGAGAGCCCCAGCACCACCCAGAGGUUCCUCUUCAAGUGUCUGGUGAACGUGAAGGCGGAGGAGAAGGAUGUGGUAGUGGAGAUGCACUGGGUGGAGGGACAGAACAAGGACUUGAUGAACCAGCUUUGCACCUACCUGAAGAAUACCCUCUUCCGACUGGCAUCCAAACCUGUGUGAACCUGGUACUGUACCUGGUUCCUGGUCCUGAUACUUUACUCAAAUCUGAAUUUUCUACUGUUUAUCUACAGUACAGUCUCUGUACUGCAAAAAACAAAAAUCAACA